AUGGAGCCAAACACUAAGCUUGUUUUUGUUACCUUGGUUCUUGCCUUGACACUCACGGCAGCAACCGGAGAGUUAUGUGGUAUGAGCGUUGCUGAUCUGUACUCUUGCAAGCCUUAUGUGCAGACUAAGAACCCAGUGACCACCGCGAUUGAUCCCAAUGGGCCUUGCUGCACUGCUCUGUCUAAGGCUGACUUCCAGUGUCUCUGCAAGCAGAAAACCAAAACCAAUCCUUUUCUCACUGGGAUCGACCUCGACCUCGCUUCUACACUCCCGCAGAAGUGUGGAUUAUCUGAUGCAAUAACCUGCUAG